AUGUUGUAUUACUUCAAGAUAGCAAUCGAAACGAUCGAAAAUGUUCGUACGAUACAACUGCUUACAAGAAUGUCCAUGUUCUAUGGACGAUACGAAACAGCCAGCAAACUUGGGAAACGAUCUGAGCUAACAAAAGGAAUCUUUGAGGGAUUGAACUUCACAAUCUCGCAGUCGUUCACUUACAUUAUUGUCUGCGUUACUUACGCGGUCGGGAUCCAUAUCAUUUAUACCGAGCAAAAGACAUCUGAUAGCGUAUUCAGAACAAUUAUUGCCAUGUUGCUCGGAUCAGUGGCUGUUAUGAAUUCUGCUACCUAUUUUCCCGAAUUCGUCAAAGCACGCACCGCGGCAGGUCUCUUGUUUAGCGUUAUCUACCGCAAACCAAGAACUGGAGACGUGAAUGCUGGCGAAAAAGCAGUACGUUGA